AUGGGAUCCCUGGCUGUGGCCUUCCUUCCUCGUCAGCUCCCCGCUCAUCCUUUGACCGCUCCAUCCCCACGGAAACGUCCUCGUCGUGAUGUCGGCUCCAACGCCCGCAUCGACGUCGCCAACGGUGGUCCGCAGUCAUUCGACUUCCUCUCGUCCCUCCCAUCGACCUGCGCCGUCGGAUCUCCCCCAUCGGACGCGCAGUGUGGCGGUCCGAUCGUCGACCUCCUCCCAGCCCCCUCAGACCCAUUAUUCGAAAACCCCCUCUCAUGA